CACAGACACCAACUCCGCCGGAAUCUGACUCCCUGCCAUCAACCACCGCCUGAAACUCCUUACUAAAUGGGAAAACCAGCUAAGAUUUUCUUAUUCUUCAUCUUCUUUACAUGUUUCUUAACUUCGAUUCAUUCUAUAAAUCCAAUUUGUAACUCAAAAACAUUUUCGGAUCCAAAAACCUUAAGAUCAGAUCAAAUCACAGUUUUAAUCAACGGCUACUCGGAAUCACGUAUCCAUCUCCUCCGCCGCAUCGCCGCCAGAUACUCCUCCUCACCCUUCGUCGCAUCUGUACUAAUCCUCUGGGGAAACCCAAAAACACCACCAGAAACCCUAACUCAAAUCACUCAGAACCUAACAUCAUACUUCGGCGGUGCACCAAUUUCAUUACUCCUCCAAUCAACAGACUCACUAAACUCAAGAUUCCUCCCCAGGCCCGAAAUCACCACCCGUUCCAUCGCAAUCUGCGACGACGACAUUGAAAUCGACACGAAAUCAUUUGAAUUCGCAUUCAAGAUAUGGGAUUCGAAUCGCGAUAAACUCAUCGGAUUCUUUCCGAGAUCCCACGACCUUGAUUUGUCCCUCAAAUCGUGGAUUUACACGGUCCAUUCGUACAAAUACUCGAUCAUGUUAACCAAACUCAUGAUCAUGAAGACGGAUUAUUUGGAGAAAUACAGUUGCAGUGCUGACGGUAAAAUCACAAUGCUAAGGGAUUAUGUCGAUGAGAUGAAGAACUGUGAAGAUAUUCUGAUGAAUUUUGUGAUUUCGGACGAAGCGGAUUCGGGUCCGGUUUUGGUGGAAGCGAAGAGAUUGAGAGAUCAUGGUGAUGCAAGGAAUGAAGAGAAUGGUGAAAUGGAGAUGAGGAAUGUUGGGUUGAGUAGCAGAAGAAGAGAACACAGGAAAAGAAGAGGUGAAUGUAUUAGAGAGUUUCAUAAAGUGUUGGGGAGAAUGCCAUUGAGGUAUAGUUAUGGGAAGUUGGUUAAUUCUGUUGGGGAACAAGGGUUGUGUGUCAAAGGUGGCAAAUUAGUGUUUUGUGAUCAACAAAUCUUUUGAUUUUGAUGCAAAGUUAUGUAAAAUCUGUAACACAUCAUUGUAUAAUGUAGUAUCAAGCAAACAAACAAACUUGGAGUUA